CCGAGCCGAGAGUACCGCAGGAGGCCAGAAUCGCGAUCUCUCGCUCUCUCUGUAUCCUCGUUCGUGUCUAUUUUCUUUCUCCUUACCCUCUUACACACCCUCGCAUUUACAACAUACUCAGCUUCCCACACGUUCGUAUCUGUCGCGUUAUCGUAUAAUCAAUUAUACAUAUGACACACGGAGACAAAAGUUUCAUUGACCAGUGAGAAACGUGGUGGCGGUGGUGAAGACCGGUAGUGGUGGCAAGAAAAGUGGUAGUGGUUGUGAAAGUGGUGGUGGUUGGUAGGGGGUGGUGAUACUUGUCGUAGUAAAUAUGGUGAAUUUUCACGGAGACACACCCCCGGAGAAGACGUGACACUAGGGGGAUGAGAGGACCGGUGAUCAGGCUCGCGGUUGGAUUUAAGUCCCGCAGCAAGCGACUGGUUCUUAGACUGGACCGGGUUAACUGAUGGCGAUGAUCGGGGCCAAUCUACGAUUCGGCAUCGGCGCGUCGGGAAACGGGUCGUCGAACGCGACCAAGGUGUUCCAGUGUCAUCCAGGUGGUGCAACCGAGGCCACUCUCAUCUUCAGCCUCGGCGCUCUCGGCAUGGGCGCCAACUUCCUGCUGAUGGCGCUGAUCCUGGCCAAACGCCAGUUGCGAAGAUGGUCACAGGGGUUGCUGUUCCACCAAGCGAUGGUGGAUUGCGCUCGAGCUGCGAUUUUAUUGCCCCUCGGAUCGAGCAUACUCAACUGUCAGCCGAUGACCAAGUGUUCCCUGGUGGAGACAGCGUUUCUGCUGCUGGUGACAGUCUCGACGGUGAACAUGUUGACGACAGUGCUGAACGACAGUCCGAUUUUCCCGGAAACCGACGAGGAGGCAGACCUAGCGGCUCCUUUGCUCAUGGAUUCGCCUCAGUGCGUGUUAUUCGGCACGUUCAUGAUAUGGUUCGCGAGCAUCACCAUCAACCUGGGCCCGACAUUUUUAAGCGGAGCGCUAGCAGCGAACACGGAAUCGGGCCACAAUGCACCGAGCUGCCCUCUGGUACAUGGUCCAUUCCGCCAUUACAUCCUAAACGUACUCUGGAUCGCCAUCAAUUUGAUUUGCGUCGGUCUCACCCUCAUCCAUCUUCGAAAACUGCACAAAGACCUGGCCAAGGCGAACGUUGAAGCGGUAAAGGUAGCACUACUAACGAUUCUCGUGAAUACAACGGGUAACCAACAAACGAACGCGGUUCCUGAAAAUUCUGCCGCAUCUACGAACGGUGGCACGCCCAAGAGGAGCGGAGCGGCGGAGGAGCACCGGAAAAUGAGGAAUUACUUAAAGAGGAUGGAGAGGGAGGGCGUGCAGAGGGUGAAGAUGUUUCUGGUGGUCACCACCGCGUACGUUAUCUUUUGGGGACCACUGUUCUUCGUCACUCUGGUGAAUCAUCCUAUCAUCGGGAUUACAACUGGUUACGAGGUGACUCUACAUAUCGCGUACAUCCACGCAUUCGUGAACCCGGUGCUCUUCCUCAGCCUGCACCGCGGCCUACGUCAAGGCCUGUCGGAGUUCUUCUGCGGCUGCUGCGAGGUGAUCGCCAGCUGGAUUCUGGGUCCAAGCAUCCCCGUGGAAAGCGUGCAGCCACCACGAUACCACGAACCCAUGGAGGCGGUGCCAUCGCCGCCGGAACCACCGCUGGUGCAACCCGAUGCGUGUCCGGAUCUAACCGACGUGGCACUGCUCAAACCACCUUUACCACCCACUGGCAAACAUUUACUGGACGACGUUAUGAUCGUACCGCCGGAUCCGUGGACUCUGGUUUCAAGGUCGAAAAGCACGUCAAGCGUUUACGAGGAAGACGUUAGUAGAAGAUCGAGCAUUUUGUUACCGCCGGCCCCGAAAAUAAGCGACUCGGAAGUGAACGUCAGCCCAACUAGCAGCGAUCUACCUAGUGAAUAAACUUUCUUAACAUGUUUCCUUAAACCAGCAAGAUUCAAUUACAGAAUUCCCUUUCUUUCGCGAACUUGGUUCAUUGCUUUGCUUAUUAUGCAUAUCAUUUGGAAAGUUUCAACGAGAAAAUUUCGAAACAAUUUCAUUACGAAUUACGUAAACGUUCGUCCAUAGCUUGGUACGUUAUUUUAUUUUAUAAAGCAGAAAAUUCCCGUUGGAUGGAAAAAGACAAAUUUUCCUUGUAGUUGUUUCAAACUGUACUAACGAGUUUUUCAACAAUUUCCGUGGAAAAUUCGAUGAAAUUAUAUUGGAAAUAGGAAUACAAUAUUUUUGGCUUGAGAGAAGAUUAAAAAAUUGUCAAGGUUAAAAAUUGAGAAGGUUAAAAAUUGUUUAACAAAUGCUUCUUCCAAGAGAGAAUAAAGUGUAACACGUUAACAAUUUGAAGAUUUUAGAACGACAAGAAGAAGAAUGUUUUAAGAAUUUUAUGUAAAUUCUUGUUUCAAUUAUUCUCAAACCUAAUCGAGGAUAGAUUGUGCGUGAUGUUAAUAUUAUAUUAAAAAUUAAUUAAUAAUUAAUUUUUUAAUGUUAAAAUGUUUGGAAAAAGCUCUGUAAAUUUGUGUAAAAAAGUCUUUGGUUGAAGUCGAUCCGUCGCAUGCUACACUACGCACGCACAAUUGCGCGAUCGAUUGUCACGAAAUUAGCGAAACUAAUCUAUAAUUUACAUUUAAACAAAUCUUUAAUUUAUAAAUUCCUCGCGUUACAAAAUUAAUAAUAACUCAAGUAUCGAUGAAAAAUCGAUAAUUAAACGGAAGAAAAAAAAAAAUUUGUAUGUCGCUAGUUGCAUUGUCGUAAAAUCUCUUCGAUCGAAUUAUUCAAUUCUUAUUGUCGUGACUAUACUUGGCGUAUCUUUAGUCGUACGAGUAAUAUAAUCAUUGAAAAAUCAAGAAACAGUAUACAAUAGAUAUUAAAUGUCAGUUAGAUGAGAAAUAAAUAUUUGGUGUAUAAGAAGACGAUGCAAGAAAUUUUUACCAAUUUUCAGAAGAUACUUGUCAUUCGUUUUUAAUCGAUGGUAUUGCGAGAUAAUUUUGUAAAAUGAUCAUAUUCGUCAGCGAUGAUGAAUUUGAUGAAAGAGCAAUUUAAUGUUUGUAAUGUACGAAAAGCUGCAAUAAACGUUCAAUUCGUCCUUCGAAAGAAAUAUCGAAAAAAUGCUGAAUAGUAUACGUUUAAUAUUAAAAAAGAUACUUAGAAUUUCUAUAAAUUCCUAUGAAUUCUCCGAAGCCGUUCCAAAAACGACCAAAGAUAUUUCCAAAACUAGAUUUGUCCAAUUUACUAAACAGAUAUGCACGUACGCGCGAUAUCUUCGCAGCGCUGAAGAGUAGAACUCGAUGAUGUCGAUCGUCUGACAGAAGAUUGCAAAUGGACGCCAACCGAGAAACUGAGUUGUCCACUUGCAAAUUCCUCUUCGUAGACUAGGAAUCCUCCUCUUCGAAACACGCAAACUUCCCAAGACUAGCGCGAAAAUGAAAAGAAGAAAAAGAAGACAAAUUCGCGGGACGUUCACUUUCCGGUCGUAACAAGCAACGUGGAUCUCGUAACGAGAUACAGGCGCGAAGAAACAAGCGGAGAGGUGGAAAGACAAAGGAAAAUCGUUGCCAAAGAGGUUCUGUAAAGAACCGUUGAAACAAUAAUCUUCGAAGAUUGCCAAAACUCGCGACGAAGAGAUAGGAGGAAUGAUCGUUUCGCCAACGUUAAGCACGUUUCCAUGUAAAACUUCGCUUUCUAGACGACUCUGUUUAGAUAACGCUAUAUUCAAUGAAACUACAAAAUCAAUGAAGAUAAAAUAAAACGAAGUAAAGUAAAGUAAAAUGAAACGAAGCAGAAGCGAAAGCGACGCGAAGAAACAAGCUAGAGAUUAUUUAAGAAAAGUAGAAAAGCGCAGAAUGUCACCGACAAAACGUAAAUAGUUCCUUAAAUUGUGAAUCGAACAGAGCAUUAGCUGCACCAAUUAGCGAUCAAUUAAGCGAUUAAUUAGGGAUACGUUAGAUAGUCUGCACCUUCGAAUGAGCUUUCCAUUAAACUGGGGACUCAAAGUGAUCGAGAUUUUGCCUCGAUUAUUACUAUUAUUAUAUAUAUAUAUAUAUAUUAUUUGCUAUUACGAUUAUCCUUAUUAUACACGUAUUAUACAGAUAAUUAUAUACAGAAGCGGAGUCGCAUGUGCGCAUAUACAGGGUGUCCGAUAAUUAAACGCUGUUCGUAGCGGUGUCGAGCGUGAAAUUGUUCGAUAUACGAUGUAUAAUGGUGAAACUGUAACAUGAUUUUCGUUGUAAUUAGACUCUUCGUUUAACGGAUAUUUGAUAUAUAUAUAUUGUAAGAUCUUAUACUACAAUUAGUUUAUUUAUAAUAAAUGGACUAAACAGAUGUUGAUUAAACAGGAAACGAUUGUUGUUUAACGUGAACUAAUCACAAUAACGUAUUACAAUUAAGACAACUAGAUGGUUAAUUUGCAACACUCGUCACCACGGAUCCAAACGCCCUCUCUCACGCGGACCACACUCUCUCGACAACACAGUUCGCACUCUCUGACUGCUCAACUAACACUGACUGUUAAUUCGUCUUUCUCCCUUAGCGUCCCUUUGUCCUUUGUCUUAGCCCCACCACGCACGUGUUCCGCAACCGCUCGUGGCCAGAGUCACGUAGGCCUUUUCGACGAAACUAUUCGAUUGACCGACAACACACUUCGGCUUUCUCGCGACAUUGUUUAUAAUUCGUCCGAUAUCUCUUAGGUCUCUCGUCCACGAUACUACAAUAUAUAUAUAUAUAUAUAUAUACACUGUACUGUCUGUUUUCGUUUGAAAUAUUCUUCAGCCAUGAAUAAAUGUUUAAUUCGUGAAUAAUGGAAUUAUGUAUUCGAAUAAAAGACUGUACGAUUCUGUAUUGACAGCUUCUCAUUUACUUCUUUCGAUGGUAAGAAAUUAACACAUUAACGUGACUGUCAAGAAUAUAAUGACGACAGAAAUUCGAUAUAAGAAUUUCAGUUCACGGUAUAUCGAAAAAUCUAUUUAUCAAAUGAAAUUUAGGAAAAUUAGUAAAAUUUCAGAUUUGUCAAAUACGUGGAAGAAACGACACGUUUCGAGAAAUGUUGUCAAAGUGAAAACGUAAUGAGAAUAAACUAGUCACUCUGUAUAUGUGUAUAUGCAGAUAAAUAUAUACCUAUACAUAUAUAUAUAUAUAUAUAUAUAUAUAUAUAUAUAUAUAUAUAUAUGUAUAUGUAUGUAUAUAUUAUAUAUUUUCUAUGCAAACAUUUAGGGAUUUCCGGACGUGCAUUCUCUGAGUUACUUUUUCUUGUAACAAAAAAAAAAAAAAAAAAAAAAAAGAAAAAGAAGAAUACACGUUUUAAUGCACGAGUUUCUCGUUUGUGCUUAAAGAUAUCUUUCCACUUUUCUCCAUUAAAUAAAAAUGUUUGAAGUUUGCUGGGAAAGAAAUAGAAAAACAGCGGUGGUUUUAAUUUAAUGGAAAAUUUGUCAGAUGUUUGUACGCGAGUUCUAAAUAAUUUCCAUCGAAAAUGAGAACAAUUUUGUCAAUACCACCUAAUGACAACAUCCGCAAUCACUUAGUUGCCAACCUUAAUAUUCGGUUUACGACUUCGCAUAACGUGUCCGAGAAUUUUGUAAAUUUGUAUUAUAUUUAAUUUUAUAUCAAUUGUACUGUAAUUGAAUUUUAUAGAAAUAUUAUGGCCGACGUUUUUUCCAUUUUUUAACGUUGUCAAACGUAUAUUUCCUACUUCUAAUAAACAGUUGUGACAAGGUCAACUGUAUUUUCCCUCAUUUGCAUAUCAUUCAUACCAGGAGCAACUAAAUCUUUGGUAACUGACGCUGAUCGAAAUUGUUAAUGACGACCGAUCGACGAAAAUUUAAACAAAUCUUCACCUAAUCGCUGCAAAUUCUAAUUUGAGAAAAAAAGAAUGAAUCUUGGAACAGAAUUAACUUUUUGAUCGAAAUUUUCCAAAGUACUCAAAAUAUACAAAAUUCUAAAAGCAUACGAAAAUCAGCAACAUCGAUUCAUCUUCAAAAAUCGACGAAAAAUCAACGAUCAAUUUCUACGAUACAAAAAUCACGAAAGCUUCUCACCCUGCACGAAUAAUUUCCGUAAAUGAUUUUAACCAUUUGAGUCCUAGGGAUCAUUGAAAAAACAUGAUCGAAAAUUAUUAUUAUUAUAAUAAAAUAUUAUUACAUACGCGUACUAUUAGUUUAUAAAUAUUCCAAGUUUUGUUCAAUAAAAAUUACUGAGAAGAUAAGAAUGAAAUACAAAACACCAUCAGUCGUCCGUAACGUUCAAAUGUACUGGCACUUUUCGACACAAAAUCUAAACAGCCACUCAAACGGUUAAAAUGUACAGAACUUAAAAAGCAUACGAAAAUCAGCAACGUCGGUUAAUCCUCGACGAUCGUUCGAAGAAAUUAGAAAAAUCAACGAUCAAUUUCUACGAUACAAAUCUCACGAAAGCUUCUCAUUCUGCACGAAUAAUUUCCGUAGAUGAUUUUUAAGAAUUUGCAUAAAUUGUAUCUCAAGAACCACCUAACCGCCAAGGAAUAAAUAAAUCAUUGAAAUAUCUAAGAAUUGAGAUAAUGAAAGAACAGUGGAACACGACAUCGAAUAUUUCGUUACUGCGAUUAUUAUUUUAUAAAUUUUAUAUAUUAUAUAAUAAAUUAUUUAUAAUUUAGCAAUAUUUACGUGGUCAACUGCUGCUUCUUACAAUGUAAACUGCGAAAAAUCGACAUCAUUCGGAAAGCAAUUCUAGCAAUUGCGCGUCAUCGCGUUGGAUAUUUCGAUAAUGGAUCGAACGUAAUACAGAAUUCAUAAUAUAAUUACCACGCAACGCUGAGAAUCCGUGCAUUCGAUCUACGAAUGCAAACAGCGAUAACUAGAACGUUUAUCGGUCGAAAUCCUCGAAUAUAAACUCCACCUGCCUUGCGAUAGCGUCUUCACAUUUCCAGCUUCCUAUACACAACAGUGUCGAUGCUAACAAGAGAAAGAGAGAAGAGAAUUGCACAACUCGUGACAGUUAUAGACCUCUGGUGGGAUAAUUUCUCACCUAACUAUAGCAAUAAAUUGAGAAAUUGUGGCUUGCAGAUAAUAUCACGCGGGUAGAACAGUUACAGAAACGAACUGGUUCCGGUGAGAACAGUUUGCAAUUUCGAUCGAAAUCUUCUGCCGUUCUUUCGUUUGUGGUAGAAAAAGAAGAAAAGAAAUAAAAGCGAAAUUGAAAACCGUCGUAUUUGUUGGGAAAGUUUGUAGGAUGAAAAUUUCUUUAUUAUCCGCUCUAUUUCUCUGUUUCCAUAAUUCGUCACGUAGUUCUUGCUUUAGAAAGAAAUUUUCCUUUUCUUUUUUUUUUUUUUUUUUCGUCGAUGCCGUCGAUCGAUACGCGUGGAAGGAAAUUUAACGCUGGAAAUACGCGAGCUGAACCGUAAUCCAGCAACAUUCGAAAGAUGAAAGAAAUAAAGUCCGGAAAAUCCCUGAAACAAUGUCAAUUUCUCUGGAAAGACUUUCGUAAGAGAAGGCGGAGCAAACUUACGAACAUUACUCGUAAAGUAUGUCUUUUAAAAAUUAUUAGAACGUGAGUGUUAGCCAGAACGACGAUAGCGUUAAGGAUAAUUAAUUUAAGUUGAUGGAUAAACGGUGCCUGGCAGAUCGAUAGAUAUUACGCGAAGAUCGUGCGAAAACAUUGAUUGCGAUAUUUGUAUCGUUGAUUAUACAAUAAUUAUUUGCGUUUAUAAUAUUAUAAUACUACGACAUCGAUGUUACUAAGCGUGUAAAUAAAGAUAGAUUAUCUUUGACAAUGGUAAUAUUUUUUAAUCUUCCUCCGCUUUAGAAACUUCACAAAGGCUGUGAUAGUAUUGGUGGAACAAAAUAAUUGUUUAAAAAUAAUUACUUCAUUGAUAUGUCAUACUGCUUAGCGCUAGCUGCAUACGUUAUUUUGAUAUUUCGUUGGAUUUAAAUAGAAGAGGCCCGAGUGGCAACGAGCAACAGGAAAAGUUGCCCGAAGCGAGACUAAAAGCUAGAAGCACUUCAAGUCGUCGGGUACAGACGUUAUAUUCCAGCUUCUGCGAAAGAAAUCUCAUUGAUCCUUUGGUGGCGUGCGAUUAUCUGGCCUCUCGAGUCUGACAAUGGCGCUCGUCCAUCAACUUAUAACAGUAAAGACUCCCUCUGGGGCGUUUAAUUUCAGUUCUUCAAGAAUAACAUUGGUUAUACGACGAAUAGAAAGGAAAUAGUACGCCAGAUACAGAGCCAAUGAAAGAAUGGAAGAACUGAGAUGAAACGACUAUGCAAACGGUACAAGCAAAUCGAGUAGAACGUUAACGACGCGAUGAUAAGAAGAUAAAUGAUAAAGAAAAUACAGAAACAGAGUAAACAAAUUUUCUCAAUGCGAUUGUAAUAAAUUUGAACGCGCAAGCAAAUUAAUUCAAAAAAUUCAAAUACGCCGUUUGAAUAUUUAUUAGAGGAUGUAACGUGAAAUGGAUUGUAAAUUAAAUUAAAUUCUUCCACGACUAUAUUAUGCUCCGUCAUUCGUAAAAUCGUGUUGAAAAAUCGAUUUGUACGAAAAAGUCGCAAUUUCAGUUUCGGCUCAAAGGGAAAAGUUCCAUUACACUGCUGUGGACGAAUCGAUGCACCCAUAAAAAAAUCCUGUCAGCGGAGAACGGAACUCAUUAAACCAUGCAAAUUUUCCCUCUUUUAUUUUUUCCUUAUUUUUAUCCGAAACGGAGUUGGUCCGGUUGCUGAGAUCGCUCUGUGCAUAAACGAGUUUAGAAACGCUACUACUUCUACUUAAGCAAGAUUGCUGCAACAAAUUUGUAAGGAAGAAGCUUACUUGAUUUAAUUAAAAAUUUCAAUGUUAUCGCUUGAUACAUUUCCCUUCCUUCUUCCGCCCGGCCAGGUUUGCAAGAAGAUGUACGAGACUGGUCUUUCCGGUUCCAGAUCCACCGAUCUGUUACAGAAUUGAUACAUAUAUUAGUUAAUAAAAUGUUUGUUCGAGGAAGUUAAACCAGUUUGCAAACUACUUACGAGAAUGGCCAUCCAAUUCAUGUUAACACACUGCGCAAGUCCCUUGAGGACAGUUUUCUGCUCCCUCAGGAGUAAUAAAUCAUCAUUCUCGUACACUGCAGAAUCGCUGCGAUCCAAUAUUUCGUCUCCCAAAAAGAGCUUCUUUCUCGUCAAGUGGACUACGUACUCUGGAUCUGGUAAAGGCCAAUCAUUUUGUAAGAAAAUCUUAUUAUAUAUCUCGAUCACCUGUAAUUAAAAAACAUUUAAUAGUUAGAUAGAAGUUUAUUUCAUCAUAUAUUGUAAGAAAUACAUUGUAAGAUUGUAGAGACAUGAAAUUUAAUUACACAGCAAAUAAUAUUUUCGUGAAUUAAAAUUAUUGAUAUUAUAAAUAUUAAAAACAUUACGUUAUA